AUGAUGCCUUUAACAACGAACUCUUCAAAGAACGCUCCCAUCCCAGGACCAAAUGAUUCUGGAGUUAGCAUACGGCUUGCUGAUGUUUCCACACCCAACAACAGUGAAUGCGAUGAAAUGGAGAAGCUGAGCUCAGAGGACUAUGAGAAAUCGGACAUGACAAUUGACAUUGAAGAUGACAAGCUGGCUGCCGUUGAUGAGGAUGAGGAUGCAGAUUCCAGUCAGGCAGUACCAGUCAUUGGUACUCUGAGCGAUUGCUGUGGAUGCAAGUUGAAAUGGAUAGUGCUUGCAAUCCUGUGCAUGGCAUAUGCAGGUUACUUUAUCUGGGCGUUGGUCGUUGCUGCCAUCCACAAAUGCGAUGAGGACCAUGAUGUUGUGCCCCUCAUCUGUCUCACAGUUGCUGCUCUGCUCAUUGUCAUCAUAACAUUUGUAAAGAAAAAGUUUUCAGAUAGCAUCAAACAGUCAGUUCUUGUACCUCUGAACAAAAGUAUCAGUAACCACUGGCACAUUUUGAAAUGUGCUUGCUUUGUGACUUGCCUGAAUCUAUACCUGAUACCAUACAAAUGUUGUUUCAGGAUCCUUGCAAUUGCACCUAUUUUGGGCAUUCUUGCAAUCAUCAUCGUGUCAGCUGUUCAAAGACCAUCAAAUCUCAUUUCUCUCAUUGGCUGGAUGUUUUUAGUAUGCGCCAUGAUCCUCUGCUCAAGAGCUCCAAGAAAGGUGAAAUGGAGGCCCGUUGUUGGUGGCUUCGCACUGCAGUUUUACUUUGCCACUCUGAUAUUGAAAUGGGACAAAGGUUACGACAUAUUUAAUGGUAUUGGAAACGGAUUCACAACGUUUCUCAGAUACAGCGAAUAUGGAGCAACUUUUGUGUUUGGCAAUCUGGAUGAUCACUUCUUUGCCUUUAAGGUUCUUCCAGUAAUAAUUUUCUUCAGCUGCGUAAUUACAAUGCUUUACCACCUCCGUGUUAUGCAAGUCAUCAUCGGUAAAAUUGCCUUUGUCAUGAGAGUUACCUUGGGCACCACAGCUGCUGAGUCUUUGUGUGCUGCAGGGAACAUCUUUGUAGGACAGACUGAGGCACCAAUAAUGGUUCGUCCAUUUUUGGCUCUCAUGACACGUUCUGAACUCCAUGCUGUCAUGGUUGGAGGGUUUGGCACCAUAGCCGGUGCUAUAGUUGCAGCUUAUAUUAUGAAAGGGGUACCAGCAACUCAUCUACUGACAGCUUGCGUCAUGAAUGCACCUACAGCCCUUGCUGUUUCAAAAAUACUGUAUCCUGAGUUAGGCCGCAGCAAAAUUGCAAAAAUGAAGGAGGCAAUCGAGCAAAAGAAUGUCUACAACAAUGUGAUUGAAGCGGCUGCUGCAGGUGCGUCUGCUGCCAUUUCUCUGGUAGCCAACGUUGGGGCUAACCUCAUAGCCUUUGUGGGCCUCCUAUACUUCGUCAACGAUGCUAUUUCAUGGCUCGGAAGCUUUGUGUGCCACCCUGAACUAAGCUUUGAGGUGAUCUGUUCCUAUGUGCUGAUGCCCUUGGCUUACAUCAUGGGUGUGGAGUGGGAAGAUGCUGGAACUGUUGCCGAGUUGCUUGGAAUCAAGACUUUCCUCAACGAGUUUAUUGCAUAUGACAAACUGUCAAGUUUUAUUGACAAUCGGGUUUUAUGUCGUGGCGGAACAGUAAUUUCUGUUCGCUCAGAGAUUAUAGCCACCUACGCUCUGUGUGGGUUUGCUAAUUUAAGUUCCAUUGGUAUCCAACUUGGAGGUCUGGGCCCUAUGGCUCCUAACCGGCUGGGAGACCUGGCUCAGCUGGCAGUAACUGCUCUGCUUGGUGGCAUCGUCACAAACCUGCUGACUGCAUGUGUGGCUGGUGAGUGCACUAAUAGAAAUAUGGGAAGUUCCUAAUUUGACUUGGAUAUUUAUGAUACAUGGUUAAGACUAUUAAAUGUAGUUUCAAAUCACAUUCUACUUCGAAAAGAUUUGAACACUUGAACUUAGCCCACAUGAAUCAUAAAUGUUUAAUUAACAAAUGGCGAGAAACUCGACAUUUAAUAUAACGUGCAUAAUCGAUAAGAAACAA